AUGAGUUCCCAUUGGAAAGGAGUUUCUACAUCCAAUUACUUGAUGGUUCUGUUGUGGAACUUGACAACAAGUCAAAAAAAACCUAUCUUAGAUAGCCUUAACGAGCUUUCCUCUUUUGCAUUACGUGUUUUGGGUUUCGCAUACAAAGAAGAUCCUCCACAGUUCACUACAUAUAAUGGUGAUGAAGAUCGUCUUGCUCAUAACCUUUUACUUGAUCCAGCAAAUUACUCUUCAAUCAAAAGUAACUUGAUCUUUGUUGGCUUAGCUGGACUCAGGGAUCCUCCACGUAAGGAAGUUAGACAAGCCAUUGAAGACUGCAGAGCAGCUGGGAUUCAAGUGAUUGUGAUAACAUGA